AAAAAAAUAAUUGUCAUCAAGUAGGAAGAAGGUCAUGUUUAGCACCUUGGAAACCGAAACCUUAUUUUAUUUGUAAUUAAUCAAUGGUGUUGUAGAUGUGUUCGAGUGUGGAGUCAGAGUUUAAAGUUAGUACCAUUAGAUUCUAAUUAUAAUACUUUCAACAGUGCUUUUGUUCUAAAAUAAUCACAUUACUGUCAGUAGGCUAAAUGCUUAGUGAUACAUGUUAAUUGAAGAAUGUCUUACAAGAAUGGAGUGAACACUGAUGCACAAGAACAGUUAACAAUAUUCAUAGAGACAUUAACUGGGACUACAUUUGAAGUUAAAGUGUCUCCACAAGACAGAGUAAAAACUAUAAAAUCUAAAAUACAAAAAGUUGAAGGUAUUCCGGUUUCCCACCAACAUUUAUUGUACAAUUCCAAGGAGUUGCAGGACUCGUCAUGUGUCACAGAACCUUCUGUUGCCCUGCACGACCAGGCUACUGUCAAGUUGGUCCUGUCUUUGAGAGGAGGUCCUAUAAGUUUAGUACAUCAAGCUGUGCCAUUUAACCGAAACAUUUUAAAAAAUCUGCUCAAGUUCAACCGUGAGGAGCUUGAGGAGGAUCUGCCCCCUGGCUGCAAGAUGGCUAUCCUAGUGCUAAGGGUAGGAGACCAGCUAAACCUACUACAUAUUGUAGACGAUGUGGAUGACUCACAUGACUCGUUGUCUAAUAGCAGAGAAAAUUUGUCUAUUGAUUCAUUGGAAGAUGAAAUCUCAAAAAGCGUGGAAGAAAAUUCAAUAACAAUGGGAAAAGUCUGUGAUUUAAAAGAAAAAAUGGAAAAACUGUCGUUACAACGUAAAGGUCCAAAGGUUGAUAUAAAAAAUGAAGACGUGGGUGCUACAUCCUUGUCAAGAGAUGUUUUGCACCCUAGCAAACUUGUAGGCCCAAUUAAGCUUCCAUCCAUUGAUCAUCAAAUUAGGGGAGAGAUGUUCAAAAGUCGGAGUGAGUUUUCAAAAAUACCCGUUUUGCCAGAUAUAAUUCCCCGGCCUUUCCAGAGCACUUCCAGAGACUUGGAAUGUGUGACACUAGGGAAGGAGAGCACCUCUACUGAGAUAUGUGACACUAUCAGACCCAAGACUUGUCCUGGCUCACUAGCUGAGAGCCAGUUUUAUAAUGUCUACAGUGAUGAUGAGUGUGAAAACUCACUUCAGAUCGCUCAACCUCAUUUCAGAUCGUGUGUCAGUGCUUGUGCCUCAAAGCUUCACCAUGAAUGGGGUGGAGGAAAAACACUGUUACCAUCACUGAAUAUUCUGCCUCCUAUUUCUGGAGUUUCAGACAUUCUGAAUAACCACAGACAAGUAUCUAACACUGAUCCAAGAGACAUGCCAUCAACUCAAGUUCCUUCAAUUGAAAAACUAAGUGUUGUCCACAGGAAUCUAAGCAGUACACUUAAAUUGAAACAAAACCUAAGGAAAGACACUCAAUCUUUCUUAAACAGGACUGAAUCUAAUUUCUUUCCUAAAAAUGUAAACUGUCAAGAAAAAUCACUACAAGAGGGCUUCAGUAACUCGCACUAUUUACCUUCAACCUCUCACGAAUUUUUCCCCACGCCAUCUAGUGAUUUUAGCUCCUUAAUAACCAAAAUGGACUCUUCGAGUUGUGAUCUGGCCACAAGUAAAAUAAAUAACCAUGUCGAGGAGCCCCUACUUAGUAAUAAAAAAAUCUUUGACAAGAAGAGUAGACUUCGAUGUGCUGAAUGUAAAAAGCGUUUGUCACUAACCAAUACAUUUGAGUGUAGAUGUGGAUUUGCAUUCUGCUCCUACCACAGGUACUCAGAAACUCAUCAUUGUACAUACGAUUUCAAGAAGGAAAGUCGCAAGAUGCUGGAGCAGGCAAUUCCAUCCGUUGUUGCACCAAAACUGCCAAAAAUAUAAGCCCUUGUUGUUUUUAAACCUACUACAAUAAACUUUUAAAAUUCUAAUACAUAUUUUUUAAAACUUUAAUCGAUUAAUAAAUGUUUAGAAGUACUACUA